UUUAUUGAUUCCCUGGUUUAAUUCAGAAAGUAAUCUCAUGUUUGUAGAUCCUGAUUUUAGGGCGUUGCAAAGGUACAACACGGAGAAUCUUUGAUUUAGAAAGAGGCAUCUUGGUGAAAAAGGGAAAUAUUUUUAAUCGUUAGUGAUCUAAAAAAAAAAUUACCUCCUGUUUACAAGUGUACUGGAGUAUUUAAUUUUAAUUUUUUUUAAAAUUAGCAUUACAUUUACAUUAUGGGAGGAUAACUGACUUAAUCAGUAAAUUAAAUGCACUAUAUCGUUUGGACUCUUAAUGUACUUUGAAUGCAUGGCUGGUGAAGCAGGCAGCAGUUAUUUUAAAACAACAGAUGGCAAGUAAAUGUUCCUCCAAAUCACAUUUUAGGUAUUAUGUGAAAAAAAAAACCCUCAAACUCUAGCGUAUCACUCGACAAACGUUCGUUUCUGACUCUGAUGCAUCGAGUCACACUAACUAGAACAAUACAACGAGGAAGCGUCGACAUCUUCUCCUCUCGAUGUCUCCUUCCGUAAGACGAAACCAUCAAUCGUGCAGCUGUAGUCGGAUGCAAAAAAAAGGAUCGUGUUUGUGCUUCAGAAUUUCUCUAAUCACAAAACAGUUGCUCUAAUCGUUCUCAGAAAAACCAAACGUAAGUGGAGGAAGAGAAAUCUUCACAGCAGCUGAUUUGCAUUGAAAACAAGAAGUGCCUGGGAUUCAGUUUUUAUACUGUGCGAAGAUGAACGCUCGCACAGCCUGGUGCUUGGUGUUCCUGGCCCUAAUUAAAAAUUCGUGUAACCAACACAACCCCUUUAAUCUAGAACAGAAGGAGCUGACGGCUAACGAGGGGGCCUGUGUUGAAAUCAUAUGCAAAGUUAGGGUGACUAUUUAUGCUGGUAACGCAUACUGGUUUUGGAUGAAGGACCCAAUAUGGACUGGGUCAAAUUUUACAGGCACCGUUAUAUACAGUACAAAUCAGAAAGUACGUCCUGUUAGUCCAGGCUUUGCAGACAGAGUGAAAUUUACUGGCUCUACAACUCCAACAUGGGCUUCUCGUGACUCAAACCCAACGUGCAGUGUUUCGAUCUGCAACCUGAAAACAACGGACAGUGGACAGUACAUUUUCAGAUAUGUAGGAGACAGUAAAUCUUCAAUAUGGAAGGCUAUACCAGAGAUGACACUCAAUGUUACGGCGAAUCCAUGCCCGAUCACUUUUCAGCAACCGCCAGUCGUGAAGGAAAAUGACAAAAUAACGCUCACGUGCUCCACAUUGAAUACAUGUCCUUUAAAGGCAAGCAAUGUAAUUUCAGUCAAACCACCCUCAGGACAACUCGCAGACAAAGAAAUUUCAGAGUCCGCUAGAAACACCACCCUCAGCUUUACAGCCAAAUGGUGGAAUGAUGGAAAUGUGUUUACGUGCCAAACACGAGGAAACACGGACGACUAUUUGACCCGGAAUAUCAGCAUAGUUGUACAAUAUGCUCCUAAAUACACAUCCGCUACGAUCAGCCGUCGAGAAAUCAAGGAGGGAGACUUUGUGACUCUGACCUGCUCUGCUAAAGGACAACCCAGCCUCAACUUUAGCUGGUUUCGAAAUGGUGAAAAGCAAUCCUCAGAGGCCAAGUGGAUGAUACCAUCAAUUCAGGCAUCACAGAGCGGAUUGUACUACUGUAAAGCUGAAAACAGUCUUGGUGUAGGAAGCUCAAGAGGAGUCACUAUUAAUGUCACAUAUCCCCCUGAGGUAGAGGUACAGAUUUCAAAGGAGCCUGCAACACCCGCUGCCAUUAAUAGAGGAGAUAAAGUUACUUUGACAUGUCAUGUAAACAGAAGCAACCCUUAUCCUUCAAGAUUUGAUUGGAAAAAAGAUAAUAGAUGGAUAAGAGGAAGUUGGACAUAUGUUGUUAAUAGUAUCAAACCAGAGGACAGUGGCAGCUACACAUGUACAGCUUCUAACACCGCAGGUUCUCGAACAUCAACGGCACGUCUUCUUCAGGUUCAAUGUGACACUGACGCGUAUCCACCUCCAUGGUACUCCUGGUACAAACUGACUGGCUCCUCACAGUGGACAUACAUGUCAGGCGAAAGGAGCCUGACUUUCCAGAGCGUCCAAAGAGCAGAUGAAGCAUGUUACAGAUGCAACGCAACCAACACCAUCGACACGGGGGAUUUUAGUGAGCUUGUGUGCAUAAAAGUGCUGUUUCCUCCCACCGGAGUCACGCUGUCUAUGGACAGCGAAGUCACAGAGAAUCAGACCGUCACAAUCAGCUGCACCGCUGAAAGUUUCCCACUGUCAUGUUUCACCGUAACAAGGCAAGGCUCAUCACAGUCCCUGCCUUCAGAUGGAAAAUUCUGUCCGCGCGUUAAUGACCCAAACAUUUUCCGCCACACGUUUACCGCAUCUUCAACCGACGCAGGCUCGUACAGCUGCGAGGCCUCGAACACUGAAGGAAGAAAGCCAAGCCAACAAAGGAAGUUAGUGGUGAAAUAUACUCCCAAAGACGUGAAGGUAGAACCUGAGCCUGGUCGUGUUGUGAGAGAAAACUCGCCAUUCAAACUGGACUGCAGAGCCCGUUCCCACCCAGAAGUGACCUCUGUUACCUGGAUGAAGGUGACUGAUGGGAGGACAGAAACCUUCUCCGUCAGUCAGAAGACCUUCGUUGUGAUGUCCGCCGGGCCCUCUGACAGCGGAUUCUACAGCUGUAUGGCCAGGAAUGACAUUGGAGCUGGAAAAUCAGAGCAAGUCGAAGUUGAAGUCGAGUGUGAGUACGCUGACGCACUUUUUGCUGUGUAUGGAUGA